AUACUGUGUGUGAAGUAACGACAUAGUCGGGGCGUUGUUGCCAUUCAAAAAUCUGGGGCAGUGAAUCUUUGUUCCCACCGAGUUGCUUGGAGAGCCGCCGAACCAUUCUACGCCCUCCGAACAGUGCCUACCUAAACCCAAACUAAGCGCUUAAAACCAACUGAAAGGAGAUACUCACAUCCCACGCAUCCCCGCCCAUCUCCGAAGACCUCUUCGAGUUCUUAUAAUAUGCCAGACUGGGGUACGCAGCUAUCGUAGCUGGGCUGAGAUAUGGACGACUCAACACCACUCCGCCAUUUCCACCCCCCAGUCUCGGCAUCUACACUCCUCGCCCGCCUCCGGAUAUCACAGAUAGACCCCGCGACUGGGCUGAAGCUGCCGAGAUUGCGCACGGGGGUGAGGGAUGUGGAUGAGUACCUCCUUGGGGGAGGGGUGCAGAGGGGGUGUGUGGUUGGCGUGAGCAGCGGCCUCACCAGUCCUAACCGUGGGGGGAGGGAGUACCCAGCUGCUGCAGAUGCGGAGGAGGGGGGUGAUACGGGGAGGUUGGUUGCGAUGCAUAUCCUCGCUAGGUCAUUGCUCGAGCGUCCACAUUCUCAUGCGUCUAUUAUCGAUUCCACAGGCUCGUUUCCGCUAGCCCUCUUCGCGGGGGUGGUGAGGUGGUGUGUUGAGAGGGGUGGGGGUUCUGGGGUUGGAGAUGCGGGGGGUGCAGGACGGGAAGGGGGGAAGGGAGGGAAAGGGGGUACAGGAGGUGCGGGAGGUGCGGGAGGUGCAGGAAGGAAGGGAGGGGGAGGAAAAGGAGAGGUGGAAGAGAAAGUUAACGCGGUGUUAGAGCGCGUGGGUGUUACGAGGAUUUUUGAUAUUGAAGGGCUUUGGGAGGUUUUGGGGGAGGUUGGUGGGGGUGCGAUGGGAGGGGCCGACAGGAGGGAUGAAGCAAAAGAAGCUUCGAUGGGGGAAGAAGGAAGAGGGGCCGAGGAUAUGGGGCUAGGUGAAGAGGAGGAAGGGGAUGAUGGGAUGCCGAGGGAGGCGCUGCCGACUGCUGCUGGGGUGAGGGAGAUUAUGGAUAGUGAGGAGGAGGAUGAUGAGGACGAUGAUCUAGCCACCCAGCGCCUUCCAAAUCCAAGACCUCAAAGUCCCCAAGACAGGCCCGGCUCAAACAUCAACAUCCACAAACCGUCGGCCCCCGCCGCUCCAACCACCCACCCCACCACCGAAAUAAUCCUCCUCGACAACCUCACAACCCUAACAACCACCCUCUUCUCCCGCACCUCCACGCCCCUCGCGCACCAUCUCCUCUCGCAACUCUCUCGCACGCUGACUACCCUCGCGCGCUCCUCCUCCGUCACAAUCUUCUUGCUGAACACACUGGUUAGGAAAUCCACGAAGACCGCCGCGGGCAACCCGGAACAACAGCGCAAGAAGGAACAAGAGAAGCAGCACUCUGUGUUUGCUGGUAUGACAGCUACUCCCAGUCUAGGGGUGGUGUUUGAUGGGUUCGUGGAUUUGCAUCUGAUGUGCUUUGCACUGCCGAGGGGGAGGGAGGAUGCGGAGGGUGUUUUUGGGGUUGAACUCCCUGGCGAUGAUGGCGAACUCCGCGAUGAUGAAGAGGAUGGUGGUGCUACGGGGGAAAGGGGGGCUAGGCGUGAGGGGCGUGGGGAGGGGGAUAGGUUUGCGAAUGUAAUCGAGGUGCUCAAAGAUGAGUGUCCACAGCUUGAACGGUGGGAGGGGGUGAGUGACGGGAAGCCGGGGAGAGGGGUGGAUAGGGAGAAGAGGUGGGCGGCGUUUGGGGUUGUGGGGGGGGUUGGGUUGGUGGAUGAGGUGUUUGAGGGGGCUGGGGAGGAGUAG